AUUCAUAAAAUCUUUUCACGCAACUCUCAGAACUGGUGAACGAGUGUUUUUCUAUCCAACGUCAUAAUGGAAAGUAUCACUCCGUGUCUUCCAGAACUUUUAAAACAUUGGCAUUAAGUGCGAUUUAUUAAAGAAUAAUAUGGCUCAUUGAUUACAAUGUGUUGCGCAGCGUAGACGUUCUACCUACGAAUAUUUUCUCAUUUGAUAUUUAGCAUUCGGAUCGCAUGGCCCAAGCUAUGUGAAGUGUCAAUACAUAGUGGUUAUUAAAAACUGAGAAAAUGUGUGCACCCAUUACAAUGUUGUAAUAACGAUAAAAUAGUGGUUAAAAUAUAUAAAAUAGUCUCAAGAAAAUAUUAUUAACAAUUUAGACAGUAUAAAAUAUGAGGUAUUAAAUUAGGAGUACAAAAUGAUAUUACCUGAUAACAUUAAUGGUUGUACGUCGCAAGAACGAGAUGUUUUGGAUGGCUCGAUCAAUUUAGAUUCAUUAUAUUGCUCUCAUUUAUGGACUAACAGCGGUUUACGAAACGCACUUAUAUCUGCUCCUUUUAAAGAUAACACUGUUAUAAAAUAUUGUUAUACGUGUAAAAAUAAAAUACGAAAAUAUGAAAUUCAAUCUCCAAUAGAAAGUUUCAUACCAAAUAUUCAUUCCACUCCAAACGGAAGAGUAUUAGUGGAAUCAAUUGAACCUUGUACAACUGAGCAAGAAAAAGGGUCCGUUAAUAACGAAUAUCGCGAACGUAUCGGCUCGCGUGGCCGUUGUUAUGAAGAAAACAGUGCAAAUACGAGUGUUGAAAUAAAACAAUGCAUUCCGUCUAUAUCACAACAACUAGAUUAUACUUUUCGCCAAAAGUAUAUAUCACACGAUACUGAGGCUCAUGAAAUACCUCCGAGAAGACUGAGAAGAAAUCUAAAGGGCAUUGGAUGUGUUAUCAACUUUGUUCUAACUGACAGUCCUGUGAAGAAAAGAACUCAAAUACAAGCAUGCUCAAUUAGUGUGAUGAUUGUGGCAAUUGUAGUCAUAAGUUUUGUUUUGGUUAAUUUUACAACUCCUGAUUUUACACGAACAAAUAACGUGAUAAGUACAAUGGUAGUGCCAAUCAAUAAUGUAAGCUUGAAUAGUACAACACCAAAGGUUUAUAGUUUAAACGAAGAUGUAACAUUAAGAACAGAGUUUGACUUAAAGGAGUAUACUUCCACCAUUGAAUAUUUUAAAGAGUUUGUCACGGAAAAUAAGACGUUAAACUCUAAUAUUAUACUUAAGAUUCGAAAAAAUAUCAGAACUUAUCCAAAACAUUCAAGAAAGGAUGAACCAAAAGACAUCAUAAAUCGAGACUUAUCGCAUAGAUUUUGUUCGUGCCAAAAAGACGAGAUUUGUAUGUUAGAUGAAAGUAGUGGCAAAUCAGUAUGUCGUCAGUCAGCUGAUAUAGAUGAUCCGACGGGUUGUGGGGGUCUUUGUGCUUUAGAAACAGAGGCAUGCCAAUUGGUUGAUAAGAAACUAGGGGUUAGAGUGUGUAGACUCUUAACUCUUGCUACAUGUUCACCGCUAGAAUGGAGGUGUCGCAAUGGACUCUGCAUCUCAGCUGAUGCCCGAUGUGACGGCACUAUACAAUGCUAUGAUCGUUCAGAUGAAGUACAGUGUGAAUGUGAUUUAACAAAGCAGUUUCGUUGCGGUCAUUCCAUAUCAUGUUUCCCCAACUCAAAACUGUGUGACGGAAUUAUAGACUGUUGGGAUGGGUUUGAUGAAGUUAACUGUACGACUGCAUGCCCCGAGGAUAAAUUCACGUGCACGGAUGGACAAUGUAUAAUGUCCACAAGAUUUUGUGAUGGAUUUGCUGAUUGUGCUGAUGGGAGCGACGAACCUCAUGGAUGUGAAGGCGCUUGUGGCGUUCAUGAGAUACGUUGUAAAAACCAGCGAUGCGUGUCGCGCGCAGUGCUUUGUGAUGGUCAUGACGACUGUGGAGAUGCAUCGGAUGAAAUCAAUUGUUCUCAAUAACACCGAUUUAUGUACGCU